UUUUUAGCCAAUGAGGACAAUUUCGAAAGCACACCUAGCUGUAGAGAGAAAGCACUACUGGAGAGUUAGGCUGCCAAGAAAAUAUACCUAAAUUCUCCAAUUCCUGCAGUUGAAAAGGAAUGUCUUCAAAAAAGAAUUUUUCAAGAACCUACAAAAUUAUCAACAGAAAGAGUCCGAUCAAGAUGAUUUUGCCCGUGCUACAGGUGUGCGGAGCAGGAAAUCAUGUGGAAGAAAAGGAGUCAAGUGGGGAUUAUCUCACCGUAAAAAUGUUUAGGCCCACUGCCGUUGCAGAAUUUUAUGGAUUUCAUAAGUCCCUAGUUAAAAAGUGGCGAAAGCAAGAAGUAUAAAUAUUGGCAGCUGCUGCAUACGAGGAAAGAUGAUGUUAAAAAAAGAAGAAGAACAGGAUAAUAUUAUGGAAAAUAUUAAGGUUAAAGAAGGAAUUGAAAAGAAUGAAGGAUCUUAAGUGAUGCCUAUUCGUUGAAGUUGAUUGUCCCUUUAAAGAUCAUUCUACUUUUUAAAAGUAUCGCACCAAUUAAGACAAAAUUAGAUCUUCUUACUCAUAAUGUCAACUAGGUAAUAUAAAUUUGGACAAAAUAAAUAAUUCUGCGUGAAACUUUUUUAAUAUUAAAAACACAGUAACUCAAGACCCCUACUACAAAGUUAAAAGCAAAUUUACUUAUUGAGAUAGUGAAUAUUUAGGGGUGUCUCUAUUUCUUUGAUAUCAUAUUAACAUUAAAUUCCAGCUUAUAAGCUGUGUAGAUGGUUCAAUAUAGCUGGAGCAGGAGCGCAGGGAGGCCUUUCUUAUAGGGGUAACAAACAGUUAGAAUUUCCCGGCAAUAGAAUAUUUCCUGGAAAAGCCAAGAAUUAAGUCCAGAUAAUACCAAACAUUUCGAAUGUCAAAAAUACUGAGAGUGAUUUGCCCGCUCUGCCCUCAUUGUCGCUAGGUUUAUGGAAUGCAGUCACUCGCGGCAACUUAAUUUUCUUUUUAUUUAGAAUGGAAGCAGAAAGAUAUAAUCUUUAUUAGUAUAGGUUUAGCGUGGGUGGAUUUAAUGAAAUUAGGGUAUAAAAUAUAGUUAAUAAAUUACUGUUAUUGCUAUUUACUAGCUCUUUAAAUGUUUUUCUUUUGCAAAUUGUUGUUGAUAAGAAAAGUUUGAGUAGAUGAAUAAGUUUUUAACAUUUUUUUGGAGAUCUUGUUUGUAAGAUUUAGAUUGUUCUCAUCAAUCCCUUUUUACAACGCCUACAGUUUCAUUCAAAGGGUUCGCAAAUCAAAACAUCGAAGAAUCGUUGGUUAUCCCGAAUAUUUAAUGUUCUUUUUAUCAGACAAAUCCAAAUAACGGACAAAUAAUUAUGUCUUGAUACUUAAGCAACCAAAUGAGAUUGAACGAAAAAACACGAACAAUCGGUCCGUCCCGACAUAAUUCAAAGUAAAUAAAAAAUAGCCAAUCACACGAAGAAACGAUCUGAUUGGCUACUUCACACACCGCAAGCGUUAUAUAAUUAUCUGACCUAGUAAUAUUUAACAUCGUUUCUUUGACAUCGAAUGUCAUAACAAUGGACGGACCAUUUGAUCGCAAGAUAUACCAGAGCAGUGGGUCCCUACCAUAGAGUUAACUUUAUGGUCCCUACCUAAAUCGUCAUCUGCUCCAGCAAAUCUCGUGAUCAAAUGCUGAGUGCGUUGUUCAAGAGGAAAGCAAGUCGUGGAAACUGCGUACCAGUGCUGCUUGAAUUGAAACAGACGCAAAGAUUUCACUGACCGCCAAGUUCAAGAAGAAUAGAACUGAAAAUUUCUCCCUGCGUAUUGAUCUGGCAUGUUAAAGAUGGGAGCUUUUACAUUGCUAACGUGUUUGAAUGUGCUAUUCGUUAUCAUCACCCAGGUACAGUGUCAGCUGUAUAGACACAACAGAUACCGUAGUUUGAAUUAUCGUCAGUAUGUGCCUAUAAACGGAGGCUAUCAGUUGCCUCGUUAUCGACCGAAUUAUCUAGCAGCACAAGCCGGACAACCCAACGCACCGUUUGGUACUCGCCGUCCAUUGCAGGGACGCUUCAAUAAUCUGAACGGAGGGAACCCAUAUCGGCCAGUUGGCUAUGGAAAUUACUUGAGACAGCUAAACCAAGGCUAUCUGCCGCAAGGCCAAAAAAAUACCGCCUUCCAGUUCUCCCCGUACAAGACAGGGUUUCCAUUGGGUGCCCAGAUACCCGGCUAUUCCCCCAACCAUUCACCUUUGCCGUUGUCAGCGCCAAGCUUGUAUGGUUACGGAGGCUACCAGGUCGACCGUUGGGGACAGUGGAGCAGUUGGUCCCAGUGCUCUCGUAGCUGCAACGGUGGAGUCCAAGAAAGGACAAGAAACUGCUUGACGUAUGUCUAUACGAAAUUUAUACCCUUUUGUCUCUAAGUCGUCAUUACCAGUUUUCUGAGCUAAAAAACAUCAACAGUUGUGUGCGUGGCCUAAAUAUGGGACCACACCUGAGGAAUCAUGCCUUUUAUUAAGAUAUAUUUGUCAGUAGGGCUGAAAAGGACAUUACCUCUCGACCUUCAGUUGAGUGUGUUAAAAGUUCGUUUUUAUUUUAUAGGCUGCCAAAUUUUCAUUUUCGUAUAAAAUCAUUUUCAUAUUUUUCUUUAAAGCUCAAUGCAAAACCAUUUAGGUCCAAGCAUUGAAAGCUAUAUUUCAGCAAUUUUUUGGGAAAUUCCCAACUUCUCUUUAAACCACCCAUUUUCAUUCUUAUUCAUUUGCCAACAGCCAAAAUGACCUAAAGUAAACCAACACUUCUUUUAGUGACUUCUGCGGGCAUCUUUGACCAUCGCUCUAGUGCUUUCUUCGUGUAUGUUUUCCCCUUCUUUUGAGCUUUUCACAAUCAUUCAAUCUCCGUUUCUUUAGCUCUCAUUAAAAUUCCAGCGAAUCUUUACUCCUACCAGCACCUUUUAUGAAUUAUUAACUUCACGUAGAGAGCACCCUUGGGGUCGAUGAUCAAUUAAUUGGUCUCAAUGAAACUUCCUUCACCUACAAAAACGAUUGAUUCUUUUUCUUAGUGCCAGUGCAAAUCUCCUUUCUUCAUUUUAAUAAUCUUACCAUAUUUGCGAUUGGAUUAUGAUCCUAUUUAAGGCCCUUAUUUGUGGUUUUUGAGUCGAAUCAGAGCUGUUUCCUUCUCAAAAACAUUAACCAACCAAAGAUGCAAGUCGCCAUGAACUCUAUCGCAAUUUUGUCGUAUGAAGGGCUUUCACGUCAUUUGUGCCUCUAACUAACAUUCCCUGACAUGUCAUAUUGGUGAUAAAACGUUAAACCUAUGACUACGAAAAACCUUGCUAAAUUUAUUACUACGAAAAACCUUGCUUCGCAAUAACAGUGGUCUUCUAAGCCUUUUGUUGCCGCAUAACAUUGUGAACUCCAUGCGGAUUAAAUUUAUUGUGUUAUGGUUUUGCACAAAGAGCGACUGUGGCUGCCUUAUUUUUCACUUUAACUUGAAAUUCAUAGAUGCACAGUGUUCGAGUCACCUCGUCUAACUUGCUUUUAAAAACCUCAUACAAAUAUUUGGCUGCCCAUUCCCCUUUACCUAAUCAAGCAUUAAACCUCUAAAGAUAGCAACAUAGGGUGUGUUAGCAAUUUCCUAUGUUUUCCAGUGAUAUGAUUUAAUGUGUUUAAACUCAACACACCCAAAUUAGAAUCAAAGAAAGAUUGAACUCUCAGCCAUCUAUACAUUUUUGACAAAACACCCUUUCAAAAUGUGUAUUUUGUUUUGCUUAGCGUUUAUCUUUGACAUCGAUAUAGAAGUAGUCAAGAUUUUGGCUCACUAGAGUCAGCGCUGAGUCAGAAUCAGCUAACAGAGUUGUUCGAUGCAUUAUUUCUACGGGAAUGUUUACAGUGAAACGUCCGUGGACGUCUACAACGGACACAUGCUUUCAGUGGACAUCUCCUUACAACAGACAACUUCCUACAACGGACAACUCCCCACCACGGACAACUCCCCACAACGGACAACUCUCUACAACCGACAACUCCCUACAACCGACAACUCUCUACAACCGACAACCCCCUACAACCGACAACCCCCUACAACGGUCACGUUGCUUUUAGGGACAACUCCCUACAACGGACACCUUGCUUUAAGGGGCACCUC